AUGGUGAUUGAAAUUGUGUUCUCAGCUGUGUUAUUAGUUGCAGGAAUUGCUCUUUUUGUCCUAAUUCAUGUAUGCAUAGUUGGGAGGACAUUUGGAAGCAUUACAAGUGGUACUUUGGUGCAAAGAAGUGGUACGAUGAUGAUAAGCAGAAGUGGGAGCAUGUCACAAGAAGAUAUCAAGAAACUGCCAUCUUAUGAUUUUAAUCUUGAAGCACAAAAAUCAAUGGGUGAUCAGUGUGUGGUGUGUUUGGAGAGGUUUAAAAUUGGUGAAAAUUGCAAGCUUUUGCCAAAUUGUAAUCAUAGUUUUCAUGGUGAGUGCAUAGAUUUAUGGUUGAUCAAGAAUGGUGUUUGUCCAAUUUGUAGAGCUUUUGUUGAUAUGGGAAGAGAGGAGACUAGUUUUUCAUCUCAAGAUGCUUUUGAAUUGAGAUAG